UGGGUCAAGUUACCUAAGACAUACAUAGUUUGCCUAGAGCUUUCCGUAGCCCAUUGGCAUAGUAGAAUUAUAAUUCUACUAUGCCCAUUGGUAUGUAAAACCAGUUCUUACUCAGAUUUUCUAAAUUCGUAAUUCCUUGAGCAAAUCAUGACUAGCGAGACUGCAGACGUGGACAUCUUCCUCGACUGCCUGACCGACGACGAGGUAGAGGAGGCGGAGGUGGUGCCACCCGAGUUAGCAAUGGGUCAUGGCGACGAGGUGGUCUGCAAACAGGCUCCGCGGUAUGACGAUCCGAUGGAGAUUCGCGCCGUUCUAGAACGGGCUGCCAUAGCCACCCAGCGGAUGUUGCGGUGCUAUGGUGGCACCGAAUGCGGACCCUCCCGUCCGACCAAGACGCGCUUUUAUCCAGCAACUCUGGAGGUGAGCGCCCGACUGCAUACGGACGAUAAGUGUCCCUGUCCCAAGGAUAGGCAGUGCAAGCUGCGCGGUGAUCCGGUGACUCUUAAUUUGCCCAUCGAGCUGAAUCCGGAAACCGGUCAGGUCAAAGUGAACAUAUUCCAGCCAAAGUCGAUGGCGACCAUCUGCGGCUGCGAUGUGCCCGAAAGGACCAAUACCAAGCAUCGGACAUCUAACCGAAGUGUGCGAUGGUGCAGCAGGGAAGGGCUCUGUCCCGGAUGUCAGGAACGUUCCUGUGCCUGUGAGCACAUUCCUUAAAUUAUUUGUAAUCAAAAUUAUCAAUGUAAAGCAAUUCUUUUUGUUUUAUUAAGCUAA